ACUGCCCCGCCCCCUUUGAUUGACCACGCCCUUGUCCCCCGCGUGCAUCACGUGGAACCCCCCCCCCCCGGACGUCGCGCGCUGGUGGAGGCGACAUGGCCACAGAAGAGGACAUUAACCUGCUGGUGAUCGUGUUGGAUGUGAAUCCCAUAUGGUGGGGAACAAGAAAACUCCAAAACCUGGAGUUUACACUGCCACGUUGUGUGGAUGCUGUGAUGGUCUUCGCCAACUCCCAUCUGGCAAUGAGCAGGAACCAUCGGCUUGCAGUCAUCGCAAGCCACAACCAAGAGAGUCGGUUCCUGUACCCGGCGAGUGGGACAGCCACGGAACAGCAGGCGAGUGAUGCGGGGGAUUCGGCUGGCCCACGUGACGGCCGCUGUGAGCUGCUGGCGACCGCCAACCACGCCAUCGCCACCCAGAUCACGGCAUUGCUUGCCAACACUGAAGUGACAGCAGAUAUGAGGUCUGAUUCACUUUUGGCUGGAUCUUUGGCAAAGGCGCUGUGUUACAUUCACAGAAUCACGAAAGAGAAUGAAGGGGCAGGACAAGAUGUAAAGUCCAGAAUUCUGGUGAUUAAAGCUGCGGACGACAGUGCUUCUCAGUACAUGAACUUCAUGAAUGUCAUUUUUGCGGCACAGAAACAGAAUAUAUUUAUUGAUGCCUGUGUUUUGGGAUCAGACUCAGGUCUUCUGCAACAGGCAUGUGACAUCACAGGUGGCAUCUAUCUGCAAGUUCCACAGAUAGCAGCCUUAUUGCAAUAUUUGCAGUGGGUGUUCCUCCCAGACCCUGAGCUGCGUGCCAGCUUGGUCCUCCCACCCCCCGUGCAGGUGGACUACCGCGCUGCCUGCUUCUGCCACCGCAACCUCAUCGCCAUUGGCUACGUCUGCUCCGUGUGCCUCUCCAUUUUCUGCACCUUUAGCCCAAUCUGCACAACUUGCGAGACGGCAUUCCGGCUGGCUUUACCUCUUGGACUCAAAACCAAGAAGAAGAAAUCAAAACUUCCAUCUGGGCUGACGUCUUAGACAUGCCGACAGAAUGUGCAUGUGCACUGUGUAUACGUACACGACGCUACGUUAAGCAUUGUGUACAUUCUUAUUUCAGAUUUACACCCCCCCCCUCCCCCUCUGGCAAAGGCACAUUUGUUGCAUUUGGCAUACAAAUGCAACAAAUGUCCCCCACGUGCUUUGCAAGAACCACCUUGGAGGUGUUGGGGGUUAAUGCAGGUUCCACUGACCAACCCUGGACAUAUUUCUCAAAGUCAGCCUCGGUCCGUCAAGUAACGUGCAGUUGUAUUGAGCCAUAAAAUAAGCCAAUUAAUGUAACAAAAAUUAUUUAGUAGUGUGUGAAUAACAAAAACAUGUAUGAUCUUGAUUUGAAGCUGUCGUGACUGCAGGAAUCCAUACUCUUUGGUUCUUUCGGUAAAGUCACGUAGAUAUAUAUUUUAUUUUA